CGUACGGUUCGAACGGAAAAAGCGACGGGUCUGGAAAACUUCUGGCACUUCUCGGUUCUCAGUUCUCCUUUCGUAGCGCCGGUGGCCGAAAGUGUUCCGAAAAAAAUGAUGGAAAAUCAGCUUAGAGCUGGGCUAAAAUGCCGCCGGCAUAUUCGAUCCCUAUCGUAAUUCGAUUCCGCCCGGUGGAUUGAAAAUCAAAUUGAAUUUCGCGUAACAAGAAAAAAAAACACAAAACACGAAAAACGAUAAACUAGUCGUUAAAUUGAAUAUACAAAUUGGUGUUUUGAUUAAAACUAAUAAACAUAAACACUGAAACCGCAGAGCAGCGCGAAGCGGAAUUUAUUUUUAAAUACAAAUUUCUUUGUUUUUCGCUGCCUGCAAUUGGCUGACAUUGCUCAUACGCCCCGUUGGCCCAGUGAAAAGUGAAAAGGGGGUAUUUAGCAUAGUUCCUGGUUGGCGGAGUUGGCAAAUGGAAAGCAAAUAAGGAAAAGGCAAAAGGGAUACGCAACAUUAACUCGGAAAUCCCCUUUGCAGGGAUAAAGACAAAGAGAAAGCACUCCGGGGUGCGGAACCUUAGGACAUCAAGACGCCAUGGAGAAUCGCAGUGACUUCGAGGCGGAUGAUUACGCCGACCUCAGCUGGAGCAAUUGGAGCAACUGGUCAACUCCCGCGGCCGUUCUCUACUCGGCCAUGAGCAGUGUCCUCUCGACCACAAACCACACCGCCCUCCCCGAUUUUGGCCAGGACAUCGGCCAGUCCACCAGCUCCUUCAAUCACAGCCAAACACUAUCCACCGACCUACCUGCUGCCACCGUUGGCGUGGAGGAUGCGGCCAAGGAUGCGGCGGCGUCCAUGGAGACGGGCUCGUUUGCAUUUGUGGUCCCGUGGUGGCGUCAGGUGCUCUGGAGCAUCCUCUUCGGCGGCAUGGUCAUUGUGGCGACGGGCGGCAACCUGAUUGUUGUCUGGAUCGUGAUGACGACCAAGCGGAUGCGGACGGUAACCAACUAUUUCAUAGUGAAUCUCUCCAUCGCGGAUGCCAUGGUGUCCAGUCUGAAUGUAACCUUCAACUACUACUAUAUGCUGGAUAGCGACUGGCCCUUCGGCGAGUUCUACUGCAAGUUGUCCCAGUUCAUCGCCAUGUUGAGCAUCUGCGCCUCCGUGUUCACUCUAAUGGCCAUCUCCAUCGACAGAUACGUGGCCAUCAUAAGGCCACUGCAGCCGCGGAUGAGCAAGCGAUGCAAUCUGGCCAUUGCAGCGGUCAUCUGGCUGGCCUCCACCCUCAUCUCCUGCCCCAUGAUGAUCAUCUACCGGACGGAGGAGGUGCCCGUGCAGGGGGCCAGCAACCGGACCGUCUGCUAUCCGGAGUGGCCCGACGGGGACACGAAUCACUCGAGGCUGGAGACGCUCUACAACAUCCUCAUCAUCAUUUUAACGUACUUCCUGCCCAUCGUUUCGAUGACGGUCACCUACUCGCGUGUGGGCAUCGAGCUCUGGGGAUCCAAGACCAUUGGCGAGUGCACGCCCCGUCAGGUGGAGAAUGUCCGGAGUAAACGGAGGGUGGUGAAGAUGAUGAUUGUGGUCGUCCUGAUAUUCGCCAUCUGCUGGCUGCCGUUCCACAGCUACUUCAUCAUCACAUCCUGCUAUCCGGCCAUCACCGAGGCGCCCUUCAUCCAGGAGCUCUACCUGGCCAUCUACUGGCUGGCCAUGAGCAACUCCAUGUACAAUCCCAUUAUAUACUGCUGGAUGAAUUCGCGUUUUCGCUACGGGUUCAAGAUGGUCUUCCGCUGGUGUUUGUUUGUGCGCGUGGGCACAGAACCCUUCAGCCGGCGGGAGAACCUGACAUCCCGGUACUCCUGCUCGGGUUCUCCGGAUCACAAUCGCAUCAAGCGCAAUGAUACCCAGAAAUCGAUACUUUAUACCUGCCCCAGCUCACCGAAAUCGCAUCGAAUUUCGCACGGCGGAACUGCCCGCAGUGCGACGCUGAGGAAUAGUCUGCCGGCGGAGAAUCAGUCAUCCGGUGGCCACAGGAAGAGGAUGUCCUACCAGCAGGAAAUGCAGCACAGGUGGUCGGGACCCAAUGCGGCCAUUAGUAACACCAAUUCCAGCAGUACGGCCAACACCACCCAACUGCUCUCCUGACAGCCGGCCAUCCAGGUGGUGCCACCGGAACGGGAGAGCCUGGAGCUGCAGACCCAGAUCGUCUGCUCCUCCUCGCCCUACAACAACAACUACCGGCGGGCCAAUCCCGGCAUCUCUGACCGGGAUUCGUCCGAUGACAAAACCUGGCUCUAAGCUAUUUUUAAGGUCUCGAAUUUAUACAUUUAUUGUUGGUUGAUGAGAUUGGAGGGCCGCAUAGUUUAGAUUUCAAUUCGUUCUUAAAGAAACCAAAGCUAAGAUAGGAUAAAGAAAUCCUUGCCCCCGGAACAUAUCGGAUAUAGCCACUAAUUGUGUAUUUUCAAUCAAAAAAAGCCAACUGUGUAUCUGAAACCCAAUACUUCGUUGACUUUUAGUUGGAAAAGGUUGUUCGUUCGCCGGCAAGGAAAGACUAAAAAUAAAACCAAUUCCUCAUUAAGAUACUGCUGUACUACUGAUCCAUUUGAGUCACUGUAAAUAUUCGGAUUGGUUCCUAAAAAAAAGUUAAACUGUUUUUAAUUCUUAAUUCUCAACGCUUACGGCUGCUUGCUUAAGUUGUAACAAAAAAACAAAACAAAAAAAGCGGAAAACAAAUAAACAAAUGACUAUGAAUGUGAAUGUACGUGUAAAUAUAAAUGUCUGAAUAUAAACGUUAUUGCGAAUAAAGCG